AUGUGGCAAAAAAAUAUAAAUAUUGACAAGGAUCUUGAAAAUCAAAUUCGUAAAGAAGCAUCAUUUUGGAGAAUGGUUCUUCAAAGGUUAUUUGAUAUUAUAAUUACUCUUGCAACUAAUUCUUUGGCAUUAAGAGGACAUCGGGAGGAUUUAAGUCUAGAAGGAUAUCACGGAAAUUUUUUAUCAGUUGUACAACUUGUCUCCAGAUAUGAUCAAGUCCUAAACCAAAUUUUGGAAAUGCCAAAAGGAUCAAUGAGGUAUCUCAGUCCAACCGUUCAAAAUGAAAUGAUUGAGUGUAUAGGUAAUACACUUGAAGGCCAUUUGUUGGAAAACAUUAGAGCAUCGCCAUUUUUCGCUAUUAUUAUGGAUACCACGCAAGAUAUAGCAAAAGUAGAUCAGCUGAGCAUUGUUGUAAGGUACGCAGCAAUAUCCAGGUCUGAAAAUGGGCAGCCAGUUGAUAUAAAAGUAAAAGAAGUGUUUCUUGGUUUUUAUGCUGUCACUAAGCAUAGUGCUGUAGAUUUAGUUAAACAGGUGAUUACAUUAUUUUCCCAUAAAAAUCUUGAUUUAAAAAAGUGUGUAGGCCAAGGUUAUGAUGGAGCAAGUGUAAUGAGUGAAUUCAUUGAGGCAUCUAGUGAGACUAAUGGUAAUAAUUCUACUACAAUAAAACCUGGGGUGAAACCUGAAGUUGAGUGUAGUUCUACUUCCAGCCUUUCUACAAAUAUUGAUGAGCUUAAUGAAAAUGCAUCUGAUACCUACAAUAUAACAAACAUAUGCCAAACAGCUAUAGUUGAUCAGAAUUAUCCAAGUGAUGUUGAUACAUCUGACAACAUUGAAGAUUCACUAAAUUAUUUUAGUAAACCAUUGACAAAGAAUUUGCAGUCAUUUUUUAAUUUUCAUCCAAAACAACCAAUGAUUGAUAUCACAUUUCAACCUAUGAAGGCUUAUUUUAGAAAAGAAACUAAUUCAACAUUUAAACGAACAUGGCUUACCUAUUCAAAGUCUAACAAUUUAUUUUUUUGUUCGUUUUGCUUAGCAUUUAGUGCUGAAGAGAAUAGGUUUACAGUAGGUUGUUUAGCUUCGUCUAGUAGUAAUUUGUAUACUAGAAUAAGCAAACAUGAAAAAUCAAAAAAUCAUGAAAACAAUUUUGAAGCAUUUUUACUUAAUUCUAACAUGUCUGAUAUCAACUCAAGGUUUACAAGCGGAAAGAGAUAUGAAGUUGAAAGAAACAAGGCGGUUUUGGAAAGACUAAUCGAUAUUAUUAAAGUAAUUGGUAAGCGAGGUCUAAGUUACCGUGGUGCCAAGAAUGCAGAAGCUGCAUACACAUUAAAUGAUUCUUCAUUAAACCACGGGAAUUUUUUAGAGAUGGUUAUGCUUUUAUCUAAAUAUGAUUUUGUUCUUAAGGAACAUACAGAUAGAGCCAUUUACAAAAGUCAAAAAUCUAAAAAUCGUCAAACUGUAUCUAAACCAGGACGACCUGGUAGUCUGGUAACUUUUCUAUCAAAAACCACUGUAGAUUAUAUUAUAGAAAUAAUUGGAUUUUUAAUGAAAACAACUAUUGCCGAAAAUGUUAGAAAAGCAGCGUUUUUUACCAUACAAAUUGAUUCUACUCAAGAUGUUAAUGUACAUGACCAGCUUGCAAUUAUUAUUAGGUUUGUGACUGAUGAUAUAAAUGAGGAAUUAUUAGCUAUUGUUGAUUGUAAAAGCGGGAAAGGUAAAAAUUUAUGUGAUAUUGUAUGUAAAACAUUAAAUGAUCUUAAUUUAGAUGUUAAAAACAGUAUUGGCAGCUCUACAGAUGGCGCAAGUAAUAUGCGGGGUCAAUACAAUUGUUUUUCGUCAUGGUUAAAUAAAGAAUCACCCGAGCAAGUACAUGUAUGGUGUUAUGCACAUGUGCUUAACCUUGUCAUGAUUGAUACAACUCAAGUAUGCAAUGAAAGUGCUACAUUAUUUGGUUUGUUAAAUUCAAUAGCAGUGUUUGUCAGAGAAUCAUAUCUUAGAAUGAACAAAUGGCAUGAAAAUAGCAAGUAUAAAUUUAUUUCUUGUAUUGGAGAUACUCGUUGGUGGGCCAAAGACAGAUGCUUAACUAAAGUAUUCGGUACCUAUUUAAAUCCUAAUGAAUGUUUGUAUGUUGAAAUUAUACUGACAUUAAAUGAAAUUUAUGAAUCAAAUGGAUUUGCUCAAGAUGUGCGCUUUAAAGCAAAAUGUUUUAUUGAUGAUCUUUUAAAAUAUGAAACUAUCCUAACCGCACAUAUUUUUCAAGAAAUAUUUGUAUACACUACACCAUUAUCAUUAUAUUUACAGACUAAAGGAAUGAAUGUUGUACAUGCAUUUAGCAUGGUAAAAACUACAAUCAGAACUUUGCAGUCUAAAGCAAGAGACUAUAAUCAUAUUAAGGAUUUGACAAAAACAUUUAUUGAAUGGGUCAAUUUUAAAAACGGAUGAUGUAGAAUUAGAAUACAAUAUUGAAGAAAUAUUUCCCAUGAAAAGAAUUAAAAAGAAAAAGAAGAUGCCAGGAGAAAUAACUAAUGAUGAGGCUGAGACAGACCCAAUGAAUAUUUCACUAAUAAUUUACCAAGCACAGCCUUUGAAUGGAUUAGUAAAAAACUUAAAAAAUGUGAUUCCAAUAUAAGUCCAGGAUUAAUACAGUCGGAAUUAAAAGAUUUUAUUGAAAAAUGGCCAAAAAUUAAAAACAUUGCUACUACUACAAUCACUAUAAAUGAUGACAAUAUUCAGGAAAACAAUGAUGAAGAUAAACAUGAAGAGAAUAGUAUAGCAUCUUCAACCAGUUUGUGUUCGAAAUUAAAUGAAAAUUUAGCUUGUAAAAGUUGCAUUGUUUGUUGCUUCCAAGUUCUACUAAAAUAUAAUUUACAUUCAAAUUCAUAUAGCAACUUGUU